AAUUAAACAUGGUGGCAUGGAUAGUUUGAAGUUCGCAUCUCAGCUGUUUUUAUAAUCUUUCUUAAUUUUUGAGACGAUGCGAAUCCUUAAACCAAACUGGGUUUCACACGAAGGUAAAGCUAUAGAUUAAUAUUUUACACGUAAGUGGUUGAAGAAAAAAUGAGUUUUCUUUGGAACCAGCUAUGAUCUAAGCUUCUGGCGCGACAGUUCAAAUCCUCAAUCAUGUUUUCUUGGGAAAUUCUUUUGACCUCUUGACGAAUCUCUCUGAAAAUCAAUUUCUAAACUUUUUUUAUUCGAAUCAAGAGUUUUAAUUGUUUGGUUUUUGCGCGUGUCCAACCUUGUAUGAGUAACUUUGAACUUCGCAUAAUUAAUCUAGAACACGCGCCCCGUCCACAUUGUUGUCAACUGAGAUUAGUUAAAAACUGCUAAUCGAUUGAAAAGUGUUAUUGGCUUUGCUGAUUUUUCUUUUCUAGGGAGACCACUAUUUUCUGUUGAUAUUCAUCCAGAUGGAUCUCGAUUUGCUAUUGGUGGCCAAGGUACGUGGUGUACAUGUACACAAUUUACAAUUUGUAAGAUUGUCCUUGCUGCUGGCAACGGUCAAAAUGCUUUAAGGGCCCUCACGCCACCUCGUUGGUAAGAUAGGCAGUUGCCAGGCAGAAAACAAUGUUCUAUCGGUUUUUUUCGUUUUGCACAUUUAGUUGAUGGUAGGCAACACCUCUACAACACCUGUAGAGCAGCAAGUACUUAAAAUUUGCAACGAAAUCAAAAUGUUGUUUUUAUCGUUAUUGACUUAUUCCAUGCUGAUAUUUAACAAUUUGGAUUUUUAAUUGCUCCAGAUUAAGAUUUAGAAGGAUGAGAUUGAAGGCAAAGUGUGGAAGUGUGAAGAUCGGAAAUUAAGGGCUGCAGCUGGGGCUGUUAGUGGCUAGUAAACUGAAAUUAGACUAAACAGGGGGCCAAAAUCUGGUGAAAAGUGGCAGGUACUAAGAGGAUAUGGAAGUGGAAAAGGGGGUCCUGAGAAUGCUCUUCUAGUGUGCAAACUUUCAAGAAAAUCAUGAGGUUUUCACAAAAUGAAAGGGAAAAUUCAUGGGUCACAUAUAUUUCAGGAGGCAUGUCACUCCUCACACUCACACUCACACUCACACAUGUCACUCCUCACACAGGUUCAUGAAUUCACAACUUAUGCUUACCAUUAAAAAAAAAAAUAAAAUAAAUUCAUGUGUCAUGUAUAAAUUUUGUUCUUAAUCAUUUGUCACAUGUAUACCAGUUGCCAUCCUCCCUGAACCUGUAGUUAAUACUCAUGCAUUAACAAAAACAUGUGUUCAAAAAAGUGUACCUGAGCAUCAAGAAUCCAUUUUAAUGUGCUACAGUCAACUACAUUUUCACAUUCACAUUCAAGUGACACAAUGCAUGAUGGUUUAAUGAGUUAAUUGAUUGUUAAUAAAUAUAUUUUUUCUCAAUACAUUAGCAUAAUAUGCUACUCUUACUCAAAGUAUCUAGAAAUUGCUUACAUGUAUCUUUUUCUGGAUGCAUAGUGCAUGUUUUCUUAUGUUUAUGUUGACAAUUUUCAGGGGAUGAUUCAGGAAAGGUCACAAUUUGGAACAUGGCUCCUGUGAAAAAUGAGGAAGAUGAAAUGAAUGAAAAUAUACCCAAGUUAUUGUGCCAAAUGGACAAUCAUCUUGGUGGGCUGCAUCUUAUUAAGUUGUUGUGCAAUCAAUUGAGUGAUUGAAUAUGUACUUGUGCAUUGCGCAUGUGCAGUUAUAUUAGCACUUUCUGUUUAGAUGAAUAUGUUACUUAUGUUUUGGCAGCUGAACAUUUCAAUCCCAUCUACUUUUGCUGUGUAUAAGGUUCAAGAGACAACAAACAUUUAACUCUGCAGGAGUUACGAAUGUGCUUUGUGUGUUGAAAGCAUUAUGUAGAUGGGUUUCCCCAUUAGCCUUUCAUCCCUAGGAGUGACAGGCAUCUACCAUAUUUAUUUGACUAUAAGCUGAGUGAUUUUUACACAAAUUAAAUCUGAAGUGAAUUAAAAUUUGGGCUCUAGAGGGGGUCUCGGCUCAUAGCCGAAAGUUAAUUUUAAAUUGAGUUUUUGGAUCACAUUAAUUUAUCUGAGUUAUGAUUUGUUGCAUUUCAAUUGAAUAGUUAGCUUUUUUUGUCCUUUGCAUAUUAAAUCACCAUAAACUGAAUCACCAUCGUCUAAGCCUCAUUUAUGACAAUCAAUGUGAUUUUUUCUCUGAAAAUGUUAGGUUUUUUUUUUGUAGGUAACAAUUCAGUCUUAUAAUAAUGAAUGGGUCUUGGCUUAUAACUGGGUGUUUUAGAUUUAUUUUUGGUUCUCGUUAUGCCAAGUCUACAUGUACAAAGUUUGGGGUCUCGGCUAAUAGCUGAGAUUGGCUUAUAGCUGAAUAAAUAUGGUAAUAUUUCACCAGAAUAAGACCCUGAAUCAUACAUUUAGGUCAUGAGAAUAAAGGAAGUUCACCGACACAGGGAGCAUUGAUUGUUAAACAAAUUCUCCUUGUUAACUCCUCAAGAAAUGUACAGAGAACAGUAUGGAGAAUAUACAUGUAUAUACUGUAUGUUAGGGUGUAAAGGUUUGAUGAAAUACUGUAAAUCAUAAGUGAAUUAUUUUUCAGCAUGUGUGAACUGUGUUAGAUGGUCUUGUGGUGGAAAAUAUCUUGCAACUGGAGGAGAUGACAAACUCAUCAUGAUUUGGCAAAUGGCAAGGUAACAGAGAAAACCUCAUGCCAAAUUGAUCCUCACUAGUAGAUGUAAACAGUCUAACUGCUAUUCUAAUAGUAGAUAUUUGUCUUUGAACUGGGACCAGGAUAAUGGGAGCAGCAGCAGUAUUUGGUGGUAACAACAGUAAAUUGAAUGUGGAGCAGUGGAGAUGUGUCAACACUCUAAGAGGUCAUAGUGGAGGUGAGUCUCUGGUCAAAGGUCAAAGGUUUUAGCAUUUUGUUUACUGGCACUAUUUCUCAUUUACUAUUGCUAGCUGUGCCAGGUUAAUGCCUGUACAUUUGUAUAUGUGUGCCACUACAAGCUGCAAACCUAGAACCAUGCAUUUAUGUACAUGUGUACAUCUUGAAAAAAUUAACCCUUUAACUCCCCGAAGUGAUUUGCAUAUAACUUCUCCCUACAAUAUCCAUCCAUUAUCCAUCAAACAGGUAAUGAGAAUACUCAAAUGUAUCAGGUAAAAGUUUUUAUCUUGAUCUAACACCAAAUUCUUGCAACUAGUUUAAAGGAAAUAUCUAGCAGCUAAAAGGGAGAAUUAACAAUCAGAUCCUGGGAGUUAAAGGGUUAAGACUGAAAAGAUCAGAAAAGGUGGAUGCAACAAAAACAAAUACAUACUGAAAGUCACAUGACCCACUCUUUGGCCUGAACAAUUUUGUACUAAGAAUUUCACUCUUACUCCUUUUCACUUAGCCAGUGGAAAGCAACAUGUUUUAUUUCUCAGUCAGUGCAUGUGCUUUUAUUGGUUAAUUAGCAGGUGAUAUUUAACUGUUAGGCCCCCAAAUUUAAAAGUUUCUUUUGAAUUAAAAUCUUCCCCUCCUAGUUGAACCCAAAGAUAUAAUAAGUAUCUUUAGUUAGUAAUCUUGUUUUUUUGAUUGGUACUGUUUGUUAAGAAAGUUUGUUUUUGCUACUCAGAUUUAAAGCCUGCAUGCUCUCAUGCUUAAGCCACAAAUCUAAGUGGAAAAAAAUUGGUGCAGAACUUACAGUAUGCAACUUGGAACUUAGCUAGUAAGAGGUUUGAAUUGUACUUGAACUGUUAGCAUUAACAGUCUUCAAGUCUGCGUAUGUAAUGUGUAAGGUUUAACCUUGUAAGCUUGUGUGACAAAGCUGAUGAGCACUUCUUUCUUGACAUUCACCCCAUGUGUUUGCAUUAGAUGUGUUGGAUUUGGCAUGGUCUCCAGAUGACAGCUUCCUUGCAUCAGGAAGUGUUGACAACACCAUCACUAUUUGGAAUGCUCAACGAUUUCCAGGUUAGUGGCUAAUUCUCAAAUUAUUUUAAAAGAACAGUGUAUUUGGCCACAAUUUCAGCUGUUACUGACAGUAGCAGUGUCAAAUUUUUUGUGUGUGUGUGCAAACUUGCCCAAAACUGUGAAUUGAAACAUGUCUCUUGCAAAGAAAUGAACAACAUCCAGUAGACACCAAUGUACAGUUUGAUAUUUUGAAUGUUUGGGCUUAUAAUUAUUGGGUGCUAUUGAGUAGUUGUGACAACAGAAGUGUUUUUUGGUCAGACUCCAGAUCUGUAGCUCAAGAGUUUGAGCCCUGGCUGGUUAAGUGUAUUGUGUUUUGUUCUUAAGCAAAACACUUCAGCCUCAUGUUACAUGUACCUCUUUUCACUCACGCACUGGUUGUUUGAAAGUUGGAUAACGCUAUCCAUUGGAUAAAACUCUAUUCAGUGGAAAACGCUAUACAUUUUGCUAUCACUAAUCUGCUAGAUAGUGAUUUAUCCAUUGGAUAGUGUUCUCUGCUCCUCAUACAACCAGGCUUACUUGUAGGAGUAUAAACAGGGACCCUGAUAUAAUCCCUACCAUAGAAAUUGCUUUAACCCUUUUACUCCCAAGAUCUCACCAUUACAUGUAAUUCUCCUUACUGUCUGUGGUUCGAUUCUUAUGAUGAUACUUUAGAGAAUCUGGUAUUAGAUCAAUUACUUGUCCUUUUAUUGAUAUUUUCCUUUAUUCUCAACAUUUGUCUGUUUGAUUUUAUUUCAAUAUUGUAAGGAGAAAUUCUGUUUUGGUCACUCAUGGGAGUUAAAGGGUUAAGAUGUGGAAAAGGGAGUAAAUUUCUAAAGAAACUGUGAUGUUGCAUUUGUGGGAGAUUCAUGAACUGCUGUACUAUGAGUUAAUUUGCUUUUAUCAAAUAAGUUGGUAAUGUAAGUUGGCCUCUAAAGAGAAUUUCUAAAGCUGAUAUUUUGAGCUCUAGCCCUUUGUCAAUUUAUUAUGAUAAAGAUUUCACACUAAAAACAUCAGGUUUUGAAACUCUCCAGGGUGGCCAGGUUAUGAAUUCAGUUGAUAGACAAAGAAAAUGCUAAAGCUGUGGCAAUCUAGAAGACUAUUUUGAGACCCAACCUUGUAUGGUAUUGUUUCUCUUAUUUAAAUCUUAUUUCUUUUCAGAUGUUGUUACUGUACUAAAGGGCCACAGUGGUAUGGUCAAAGGCAUCACUUGGGAUCCUGUUGGAAAAUAUCUUGCCUCUCAAUCCGAUGACAAGACUUUGAAGGUUUGGCGAACAUCUGAUUGGCAGCAAGAGAGUGAAGUAACUGAGCCAUUUGCUGAAUGCAGUGGCACCACCCAUGUUCUUCGUCUCAGUUGGUCACCUGAUGGACAUUAUGUGGUAUCAGCACAUGCAAUGAAUAAUGCAGGCCCAGUGGCAAAGAUCCUUGAGCGGGAUGGCUGGAAGAUGAGAAUGGACUUUGUUGGGCACAGGAAAGCUAUUACAUGUGUGGUAAGAUUUGAUAUGAUGAAAAAUAAAAAAUUGUGUAUAACUACAAUAAUUGUAUAACAGCAGAUUUUGAUCAUGUUGUCUGAUCAUGCUCCACGAGAGUAGUGAUGUAUAAUUUAACAUUCCAGACACUUGUGCUUAGAACUGUGUGAUUUAACAUGCCUUACAUUUUUGCGCUUGGAGGUUCUGAGAACAGCAUAAUGUCGUGUAACUAAUGCUGUGUUGAGUUGCAUUUGAAUUGCUUACUCAGAGUACCUACCCACCAUGUUUUUCUACUGUGACUUUGUAAGAGACUGUUGAUUAAAACCUAAAGUUUAAUUGGUAAAUGUCACCUUUAUAUUACAACAAGUAGUCCUGUAGAGCUAGGAGAGUGGAAUCAAGAAUCAAGAGUCAACAGUGGCUUUUAUAGACUAACUUCACUGAAUUUGUUAACUCUUAGAGAUUCAACCCAAAGCUAUUUGUAAAAAAAAUUGGUGAAGAAUCAUCUAGACCCAAGGUAACAUUAAAAAUACAUGUAACCUCGAUGCUUGCAUUUACAUGAUCAUAUCAAUGAGAAUUCUUGUGUUUUAAUCAUCAAAUUUUUGUUGUAUGUUGCAAUAAUGUCAAAAGCAGAUUUUUUUUUUCAAGAUGAGGCUUUGCAACCUGGAGUUAUUUUUGUGUUUCCUAACUGUUAUAUGAAGACAUACGUUAUUGUAGUGCGUUGCUAUUUAUUUGUUUCCAGCCUGGGACAAUUUAAACCAAAAAUCUGACUUAUGAAUUGAACCCCAGACCCUAGUUUCACAGAAAACAUUUUAGUGACUUCAAUGCAUGUUCAUAUAGAUAAAGAGACCCACUUUAAAAAAUUUUUUUUCUUAGUUUUUAACAUGUGACUAUGUUUGAGAAGUGAAUCAGUUAUCUUUUUAUUUGCUAACCAAACUCAACAUUUACAAGUAGCUUGAGUUCAUAUUUACAAAAUCAUUUAUGAUCAUUUCAUUUUUGUCAUAUAGUAUAUAUAUAAUGUACAUGUAUACAUGUAAAUAUACAUGCCUUUUACAUGAUUGUUUGCUCUUUGUCCUCAGCAAUAUUCUUGUUGUGCAAUUGGAAGCAGGGAUAGGUCUCUUUCAGUGUGGGUAUGUACAUGUUUCCUGAAUUUUAAAGCAAACUACAAGCUAGAAUUUGACAUGACUAUGCAGUGAAUAACUUAAUAUAUAAUUUUAUAUUGCUGAUUGAAUAUUCAGUGCUAGAUAUGUGACAUAUUGCAUACAGAAGCUAUUAAAAGUGGCUAGAUCAAUCAUGUAGUGGUGAAGUUGAUAAUGAGAAUGCAAACAUUUCAAUUAAACACAGUGAAGUCAAAUUUUAGAAAAGGCUUCCUAAGAAAUGGUGUCAAAGAGGCACUUACAGCUUGCAUUCAAAUGAGCCCUGUCCUCUCUUACUCCCUUAAUUGCAAAUUUAACUAAACUGAUUUUUGGAUGAAACCCUCUUUCUCCACACCAGUUAACAUCCCUCAAGAGGCCUCUUGUUGUCAUGCAUGACUUAUUCAAUCACUCAAUCAUGGAUGUAUCCUGGUAAGUCUUCUUGACAAAAAUCUGUACAUGUUAAUGUUAAACUACUUUUGACAUAAGAAAUUUGGCAGUAUCACAAAUAAAUAUUUACAAAUAAAUACAUUAUAUCUACCCUACACACUCCUAGAAAAUGCUUAGAAAUUAAAAACAUGAAAACCUUGAAGGAAUACAUUAUGGCUGUUGACAUGAUUGUGAAGGAGCAUGCAAAAUUGUAAUUGGAAAUUGAGUCACAGUUCUGUACAUGUAUCUCUGCUAAACCAGAACUUGCUGUUCCUUUGAUGUUGGAGUCACCUCCUCCCCCCUCCCUCCUCUCAGCAUAUCAGGCAGUCAGUUGGUGUUGAGGUUUGCUCUGGCUUUGCUUGCAGGAGUGAUUCAGGUUUUCAGCUGCUGGUUUGUUCAUGGGAUGGAUCUGUGGCGUAUGCUGAUUUCACAGCUGAGGAACUGGGUAGGCCUAUGACUGAGGAGGAAAAGGUGUGUGUUCUUUGCUGAAAUCUCUGAAUUAAUAUAAAUCAGCUUUGGUUAUUGAUAUACAUGUAAAGCAGCUACAUCAUCAGAAAGAUGUGUUGUCAUGCACUUAAGUCUCAUUUUUCAUUAAAAGAGCAUCUACUGAAAGCAGGGCCUUCCAGACACUGAAAAGUAAUCAGCGUACAGAACUGAUGGAAUAGAUUUCAAUAUCUCUAAAUUAAACUAGCUCAGUGUUUGGUGCCAAAUCAUGAAAUCCAAACUUUUUCCACUGACCAGAUUUUGUGGACAUACUGUCUGCCAAAUGCCACAUACAUACUUAUGGUCUUUUAGUACAUUACAAUUAUCUUUGCACUUUUUGUAUGAAGGAUUAUACAAAUGGGAGAAUAUUAUGCUGCAAUCAAUGAAGUUAGGAAAUAAUUGAAAUGAACGUUUCGUUAAAGAAUGUUACUUAAAAAAGCGUUUGAUUGUGUGCCUUUCUGUGCACGAUUUAAUGUCUAUUACAAAAUUUGCACUAUUAACAGUAGAGUGUAGAGUUCUCGACGUAGUUUCUCUACAACAUUAUCAUGUGUUGUUUUCGAGUUUAAAUCACACACAGUCAGUGUUUUAAUUUGAUUAUUGAAAGUCAUUCUUAACUGCUGUACAGCAUUUAAGAUUUCAAUUUGGAUUUGUCCAUUCAACCGUCAUUUUCCCUUGUUUGUUUUGUAGGAAAAGUUCCACAAACAGGUGUAUGGCAUUAGCAUCAACAGCAGCAAGACGAACUUAGCCAGUGCCAUUAUUGAGAAUCCCGAAAUGUUAAAGAUUCAACAACGACACGCAAUGAAACAACAGACACUGGCCAACACAAACAAACCUCCUGCUCCACCUCCCCCGUUGAUUCCGUCAGGAACACCAACCAAGCAAGAUUCGUCAGCUAUGAAUGGUGAGUGUUUUUAGAACGUGGUGUAACAUAGGCAGCCCAAGCUCGCUCAAUGCGCCUCGUCAGCAAAUAUGAAAAUAUGUCUGUAUUGCGCUGUAGGCGAAGUACAGUGUAAGGAUUUGUGUCCGAAUGAACGUCGCAUCGGUAUCAGGUGACUUCGUCCCCAUGCACGGUCGCCCCAAGUUUCGUCGCCCCCCUUAAAGGUCAAAAGUUGAGGGCGACACAACCACAUCAAGGGGCGACGAAACUUGGGUCAACCGUACAUCCGGGCGAUAUCACCGAUAACCAUCGCAUCCUUAACAUGAAAAUGUCAACCAUAGUUUUGAAUUAAAACACACUUACGAUAUACCUCGCUUCUCUAUUUGUUCCUCUAAGGCUUGUGUAUUUUUUACGCUGAUUUACUAUAGUUAAACUGGUUUUUAGUUCCCUUGCCUUUUUCUUCGAUGUUAAAUAUUCUCAGAAAAAUCCUGAUAUUUCGCCUGUGGCACAACGUUACCAUUUUUUUCUUAAUAUUUACGGAUGCUCGCUCUGCGAGCUUUGGCUAUGUACCAGUCGUCAUCUUUUGUUAACCUGGUGGUAUUACAGUACACGAGUUUUCAUUGACUUCUAUAUUUUUCUCUGUGUGUUUCAGGCAGCACUCCCAUGAAGAGUCCGUCAUAUUCAUUGACCAGUCCAGUUACAAGGAGCCCAAUUGAUCCUGUAGUGAGUACAGACUGGGAAUUUUGAUUUGAUGUAUGUCGCAUGCGGAAAUGUUCGAUUUAUUUCGCCCUUUUAAAUGCAUAUACGUACUGGAUAAUAAACUUUACAUCCAUUUUUUUUUUUAACCUUUAACACUUUAUUCUCCCAAAGUCACUCGCUUCUAAUAUCUCCUCACAUUAUCAAUCUUGAAUCAAAUACAAAGGUCAUGAGAAUAAAAGAAUUGAUCACCAAUUAAAAAAGCUCCAGAUUGCUAAAUAAAUUCUCCCCAUCAGUAUCAUAGGAAAUGUAAAGAAAACAGUUUGGAGAAUAUGAAUACUAAUAAUGUCAGGGUGUUAAGGGUUAAGCUUGUAUUGCCAGAAAAGCACAAUGGUGAAACCGCUGGCCUCCAACCACUGUUAUCCAGGUUUGUUUCCAAAACCCAGCAUCCGAUAUGGGUUACGUUUGUUGCUUUAGUUUCUCCGGUGUUGCUUUUGCAGAAGUACCAAACUUUCCCAGUUCAGUUGGAUAGAAUUAGGAGUCCCAGGACGCAUUCGUCCUGUCCAAUUAGCUUUUAAAAUUUACUAACUGAAUGUCUCGAACGGUCUAAUUUGGCCUGGAUCCGUGAAUGAAGAACUACCGCGUGCAUUUGGCACGUAACGUCCAUUUAUUUUCAUUAAGCCAGAUUUUGUUUCUCUGUAGAAUGUUUUAGAAAAGCAAGUGGAAACCAGAACCAAAGAUGGUCGUCGCCGCAUCACUCCACUCUUAGUUUCAACUAUGGAAGUGAGGUGUGCUGCUUGCUAUGUUUUCUUGUUCUUGUACAACCCCUAUAUAGAAGCAACGUUUUUACUUGUGUUCAUAAAACCUUGUUUGUUUUCAAUCAUAUGCCUUUAGAAAAUUUGUUUCAUUUAAAUUCGAGAACUGCAAAACCCAAUUUUACUUCCCUUUGAAAAAAGAAAGAAAAAAAAAAGCGGCCAAGGAAUGAUGAAGCGAGGCAUGAAACAGCGGAAGAGAGGAAUAGGCGCUAGUGUUCUCCGAAGUUUUUAAAGACAAAACAAUCGGAUUAGUAAUUACGGCUGCAGGGGUGAAAACCGUCGAGAUAAAUGAACAGAACGAUAAAUGUGGGCAAAUCCAAGCGAUUUGGUGAACUGGCUUUUGUUGAUCUUUUAAAACUUUAGGUCACCGAACGACAUUCGAAAGUACAGCAAACAAGAAAAUUAGAGGAAAGUGAAAAUUUGCAAAGAUACCUUUCCGUUACUGUCCUUAUUCCUUUUCUUGAAAAUACUGCAGUAUUCUUGACAUUUUAUCUAGACUAUCGCAAAUCGGACCGCCUUUGUCUUGUUGCAAAAUACUUUGUACUCAUCUGCUCCACAGUGACUCGCCUGUUCCUUUUGGAGGAUCUUCAGCUGCUAUUUCACCCCCCGGAAAUUCAAACCCAAGUGGCGCAUCUCAGGUGUCGAACUCCAUUCCAGCCACAUCCCAGGUAAAAGAUGUUUACAUGUAGAUUGACGAAGGUAGUACAUUUGAAGCUGGGUCUUUGGGUCAUGUCGGUCUCCCUAGGUCAUAGGUUUCUUGUGGGAUUUGGAUAUUUUGUUUAUCCCACACUCGUUCCAUUUGAAUAACAUUCUCCUAUUUUCGACGAACCAGCCAACCAAAUUUACAAACACGACUUAUCUAAGCAGUAUACUGGCGCUUGAACCUACUUCAUACCCCAGCUCGUCAACAACUGGUUUCUAGCAUUUUUGUAAAUACUGCACAUCUUUUUCUUAUCUGUACGUUACUAGAGGUAAUAUCCCGGAUUACCUCUCACAUUCGUUGGAAAACUGCUCUGUGUAAAGAAUUAUCACGCAGGCUAUGGAGUUACACGUUUCUCCAGGAAAAGUAUCUUUACGUUGAACUGAAUAUUUUUCCUAUUUAGAAUUUAGUGGCACUGGACUCGAGAAUCGGCGAAAAUGCAACGACAGGAUUCACAAGCAAGUAAGAAUAGUUAAUUUGAUUCAUAAAUAAACGUACCUACACCGUACAAUUUUCAUGUUGGCCUGAGUGUAAUCUGUAAAGGAUCCGAAGGGAAGACUCGGCGGCGUCAUGUUAUUACAAUUAAUCAAACGAUCUGGAUUCGAGUUCUACUGGUGGGUGAUCGUGAGGUGUCCUUUGAUAAGACAUAGGUAUACUCCCUUUCGAGCAUCCAUUUAGUUAAUGAAUACUCCCUUCCCUUCUUUAAACCAGAAAAGGAAAAACAGUGGAUGAUGGCCCGACCAAACGCACGCAACAUUUCAACGCAGCGUCUUGCAACAUUGUUUUGCGUACCGUGUUACACGCGUUUGGCCACCUUUUAGCAACAAGUUGCAUCAGAGCACGCGUGCAAUUAUCGGUUUUCGUCUUUAAACAUGACAGCCAAUAAUACCCAGAUCACGGGUCACCAAGAAUGUGGACUGAGAUGGAGACCACGUCGUUGCUAGACACGUUGGAGGAUUGUCCGUGCCUUUAGAACAUAUUCGCAAAGUUGCAACACUCAAGAGAGACAAGGGAACAAGGGAACGAACUGUUAUAAGGCGCUCUUGGUAUCAGCGUGUGCGAUAUGGAGGCAAAAGUAGGUACAUAAAGGUCAACGAACUAAACUGUUGCCAGAUUUUGCGCACGUUUGGCCAUCUCCUCUACAACAUCUCAAAACACGAUCCAACAAUGUUCCAAGAGGUUGCGUUGAAAUGUUACUUGCGUUUGGCCCGGCCCUAAGGGAAAGGGUCUGGGUGCCAAAUAAUCUGGGCUUGUGAAUUGGUUAACUAGGGUAACCAUCAGCCGAAAAAAAGCUUGUAAAAUUAUUGAAGUCUGUUGCCAAAAAAAAAAACUAAUAACAAAUGUUUUCCUUUGGUGUUUAGGUCAAAGGACAAGACACCCGAGAGAGCAGAGAUCCUUGCCGUAAAACCUGUGUCUGCCACCAUGAAGCCCAUCACAGCAACCAAACCUACCUCAACUCCCACAACAACGGUGUCUUCGACCUCUGCGUCAACUACUGCUACGACUAUUGCGGUGAAGAGGAAAUCAGAUACGCCCACAUCAUCACAGUCUAAACGAGCCAGGAAAGAUGGAAGCAGUUCAGGUAUUUUGUAUCUUAAUAUUUAGUUGGAUCCAUGACUGCAAAGAAAAUGGCGCUUUUUUUUUUUUUUGAACAAUGGCGUUUAUAAAGGAAGAUGAUUAUUCUGAGUGUCACGAUUGUUAAAUAAAGAAUAAAAUUAGAAAGCCUCACGAAGAAUCGAACCUCAAACCUUCGGAGCUGACUCAUAAGUGACUAAGGCCAUAUACGAAAGCCAUAUACAACAUGCAUAGAAUCAGCGGUGCUGUGAGCGUCCCUUGUGCGGAUAGAAAAGCAGACAGACUUUUUUGUAGACCAGGUUAGAAAUAUUUCACUCUAUUUACUCUAUUAACACUGGAAUUUGUGUCAAACAUCGAAACAUAUCUCUCUCUAUGACAGUCAAUACAGUUGAACUUCGUUUUUACAAGCUAACACCUAAAAUGCCAAUCCCCUUUGGCCACAUACAACAGGUUCGCCUUGGAAAUUUUUUAAGGAUUGCAAUUACAAGCUGAUAAAUAAAACAAAAGCUAUCAUUUUUGUCUCUUGGAAAAGUGGUCGCUUUCAAGUGGUCUUCCAGGAAAGCUCGACUGUAAUCAAGAUAAGCUCAGCUCCAAAUAAGCGUCCGUUACCCAUCACUUCGAAAUUCCGCUCUUUAAAUCGCGAUUCCACUUGACUAAAUGUUUCUUCUAUUAAACUUUGACCUUUCCGUAUUUUGCAGGUUCAAAGAGUGCAGGUGGCUCUAGCAAUGUAAGUAACUGUAAAACCCGUUAGUCAAGCUCAGUUCUGCACCUUUCUUAACAGUGAUUGAAAACUGUAUUCCCCGUCGUGAAUGCGAGAGAGCAUGUUUCUCAGGGUAUCGAAUGAUGUGAAGAAGAAAUUUAUAACACUGCGCUGAAAUCCUUCUGCUUGUCCUUUUCAGGGUAAAAAGGGUUUUUAGAGUACUGCUUAGGUUCGCUUAAGAGUUAUCUACUUUUUUGUUUGUUUGUUUGUUUUCUUAGUCUAAACAGCGCGAAGAUAGAACAGAUCAAGAGGAGAGUGUCGACGCCUCUUUACAUGUGAGGCAUUCUGUGGCUAUUCCAUACCCCACCCCACAGAAAAAUCUCACAGUCCAGGUAACUUUGUGAUCUAAAAUGUCAAUGUUAUUGAGCAGACAUUUCUUAUGGGGCGUGAAAUUUCUUUUCAAAGGAGUAAUGUGUGAUAACUCGUGCUUUCACUUCCUUUGCAGAUUAAAGGAAAUGGUGGUGAGCCUGCCCUUACACUUGACCUAGAGAACAACUUGGCCAACCAAGGUAAACAAGGUUUCUACAACCAUCAAGUUAAUUUUGUAGUCGCUUGAAUAAUACGUUGGUCUCUACCACCGCAGACUUUCAUUGUGUAUGUUGAUGAAAAUCGUUACCUUCGCAUGAGAAAGUGAUUUUCUCGGACAGGUGUAAGGUCCAUCGUAGCUCGCUCCCUGACGAGAUGUCUCUAGUAGGAGGAAUAACAAUUUUUAGCUAUUUUAGCAGAGCACCAAGCAGCCUUUUUUUGCUUAUGUGCCUUGCAGGAAAGUGUAUGUAGUUCAUCAAUCAAGGCUGAACGAUUCCGUCACGUCUUGUUAUCGAAGGAAAGAUUUACAAAUGGUAGUGGACAAAUUCAUAAAUUUGAUUAGACACAACGUUUCUUUGACUCAUCCCACUGGUUCUUUUUAGGGCCCAGAGCGCAUAUCUUGAAGUGUUCUGCUGCUGGUAAACCUUUGUGGGAGACUGUGAUUAUAAGUCCCGGUAUAGCCUUGGCUGGCAAUCGGUGAGUUAGGGUGGACUCGCUAAAGAUUCUGAAGGAGUAAGAUUAUUUGUAUUUCACCUCUAAAUCCAAGAAGCUUGAGAUACAAGGAAAAAACAGAGCCAAUGAUUUUGAGACCCAAUGAGUCAACGCAAAAACGCAGAUGAAGUAUUUUUGUCAAUUGUCAAAUGAUUUUUAACUUUGUGAUCUCCUUUCAUUUUGUUUCUCUGAUUUUCAUUCCCCGUAAAGACAAGUGGUCUCCGUGGCUUGUGAAAACCGAAGUAUCGACAUGUUUUCUUCCACUGGACGAAAGUAAGCAAGUGUCGUUUCUAUAUGCAAUUUACACUAUAGUGUGAACUUUGGGAUUCGUGUUGCGAAGCGCUCACGUGAAUUUCCUAAAAAUGUUUGAAUUAUAAUUGAACAGAAUCCUACCUUCCAUGGUGUUGGACUCACCAGCCUCCAUUCUGCAGUGUAGCCGUCAUUAUGUCAUGCUUGUCACCUCCUCUGGGGGAGUGUUUGUUUGGUAAGUAUUCAACAAACGUCCUUUGGUUUUGAAGUUUUUCUUUUUUUUUAUGGAACCUCUGCUAAGAAAAAGUGUCGUGGUUGUUUGUUUCGUAUUUGUUAUAAUGUUUUCUUUGAAAACCUGUUAGAGAGUACAUUUAGUUAACACGACGUUUUAAGUAUAAACUUUUGACUCCUAAGAGUGACUCGCGUCUACUUUCUCCUUCCAACAUCACUCUGAAUAAAACAUUAGGGUCACAAGAACUAAGAAAAUGAUCACCAACUUAAGAAAAUCUUGAUUUGUAAACAAAUUCUCCCUGUCAACACCUUAGGAUAACUAAAAAGAACAAUGUGGAGAAUAUGCAUUCUGAUUUUAGGGUGUAAAGGGUUAAGAAACGUUUUUCUUUUUUACCCAGGGACACAAAGAGAGUCGCCGCAGUGCUAAAAAAUGAAUCAGUGCUUCCACUGCUAUCAGGUAUGUUGUAAAAUUUGGAGGAAGAAAAAAUUAACCUUUAGCGAUUACGGUUACGUUACACAUGUACAUGUAUACAUUUAUUAUUUGAUACAUAAAAGAUUUGCAGCAAAUAUUUGCAAACGCUGAGCUUACCUGUUAUUCUACAGGUCCAGAUGUGACGAUUACUCGAGCCUCGAUUUCAGAACGAGGAUUUCCAAUCAUCACCCUGUCCAAUCACGCAUCUUAUUCCUUGGACACAUCUGUAGGGGCGUGGUAAGAACAAGUUAUUACAAGUGGGUUCAAGCGUAAUGUACAGUUGGAAAAAAGUGAACUCUGGCUCUGUUUUCUUUGUCCUAAUUUCCACUGAUCCUUUGAAGUUUGCUGUAACUGAUCUUCACUCAAGGCCUUUCUAUUAAGGCUAAUAGCUUGAACUUGUGCAACAUGUUUGAUACUUGUUUUAGGAAUUAUCCUUCGUAAUAGAAUCUUGGGGUGUCAAUCAAAGCCGAUGGUCAGCGGUCUACCGCCGGCUAGAAGACCUUUUACCGCCGUCUGUUGAGCCGGCAAGCUGCAAGCAGGCUCUUACGUUUGGGUUAUGCCUUACUGCCUAGGCACCUAGUGCACGAUGGGUAGCCACUUAAGGAAGAUUUCAUUGAAACACGUGAGAGUGAUAACAUUUGAUACCCGCCAUAGAUGUCUAGUUGACAAACGUGUUCGGUCAAGAUAGUUGGAAAUUUUCCAAGCCCCUUUUUCGUUGCAUUUCCAUGGACCAAGAUGAUGUGAAGGAGCGCUAAUCACCCUUAAAAUAAUGCGCAAUAAGAAUGCCCAAGACAAUACUGAAGAACGACGGAAGUUUAAGGCGAUAUGUUGUUUAUAGGGUGCAGCUUAUUUACGCUGAUGACCUCCUGGCUGUCAACUCUGACCAUCAGUCGGUGGCGCCAUCCCAAGAUCCCCUUCAGGCGAAGGGUCCUCUCGCUCAACUACAAGGGCAGAGUUCGAGGUGUGUCUUAAAGUAGUUUUGUUGGUUUUAAAACUUAAGGAUUUGAAAAUUUAUGACAUAUUUCAUUCUUAGUUAAAUGCUGUCGAAUCUCUUCAAACUCUGGCUCAAGACCUCUUCUACAAAUGUAAAAAACCUCACAUUAUUUCUCAAACGACUGGAGGGCAGACGGCAAAAGUAGACUUACAAUGGCUAUUGCCAUUUAUGAAAACGCGUUGCUUAAUUUAUCCAUCUAAAACAUGUCUUAGUAUUGAUGUGUAAAAUUUAUUUUAAAAUAAUUUGAUUUUCAUUGUGUCAGAAUCGGGCGUCAGUCCUCAAGAGUCUUCCGGUCAAAUACAGGGAGACAACAGUCUGCUACAGCGGUUCAUCUGGAGGUUAGUCAGAAGCCGCAACUACUCAGAAGUUCAUUUGAUUCCCAGUGACAUCAUUCUUGAGAUAGAAUCUGCAGUGAGAUCUCUGUCAAGCCUUCCUGUAUUUUUGGUGUAUUCAAGGAAUUAGCAUUUAUUUUGAAAUACAUGCUCAAAAAACCUCCGCGUGAAUGGAGGGGGGGAGGGGGGCGUCCAAGGAGGCAUUUAAGUUCAGCAGCAGCACUUUUACCCCCCACUGGCGCGUGAGCUAAUGUAAUGCGAUUCCACAGAAGUUAUAUUACAAUAUGCAUCUUACAUGCCAAGAACAGAGAGAAUUUGAGUAGGAUAUUAGUAACUAUAGAUGCAGUUACUCUUCUUGUCGGUCAUGCCAAGAGAAAGCUGGGCCUUGUGAUCUGCUGGUCAUUUUAGGUGUAAAUUUAUUAUGUUCAUUUAUUUAUUUUCAAGAACCAACUGUCGUCUUGCGUCGCCUUGGGAUCUGGUAAAGAGUACUAUUUUUGGUUGACAACGUACGUACGGUAUCUCUCUCAGGCAGGUUCGUGAACCUUUUUGUAUUUCAAUUAACUAGCUUAUUUCUGCUCUGACUCCUCAUUUCGUAGGGGGGGACACACACUCCUUUAUUUGGCCAGACGAGGGAACUACUUUCAAACAGAUUAUAGUUUUCGGGGCCUGAAGGUGUAUAGUUGCAUCAUGUAGUCUUGUGUAGAGUGUCUCGGGGCACAAUUUAUAUGUGUGGUCCCAACAAUCUCUAAUUUUGACGAUUCUUCCUGUUGACACGCCUCAAUUUUCACAAUUUUAUGUCUUGAACAGGGUCGCGAAAUAAACGGGUUUUAUUUACAAAAAAAGUUUAAAGACGUCCGCGAUUUACCCCCACCUAAAGUUUCCUCGUCUGCCCCUUCCUCCCUUGUUCUUCGGGUAAACGAGAUGUUUCCACUCUUCCAAACGUCGUUUUAAAACUUGAGAUGUGUGUUUUUAGGGUUUGAACCACGAUUAAGGGAAGUUUGCGAGGAGCUACUUGGACCUCCACACAGGUAAAGAAACCAGAUUAAUAAUGAACACAGAAAAGAAAAACAAUUUGUUACUGAAUUCACUAAGCACACCUUUAAAUGAGCUCGUGUUUUCAAUAAUACAAACUGACGUUAACCCAGACUAGAGUUUCGUCAGUUUACAAUUUAAAAAACUGCUAACCACCAUUUUUUUUCUGUAUUGUAGCUGGUGAAUUUUCGUCAGUUAAUUGGUUCCACUGUUUCCUGGCUGUUUAUUCUUUUUCAUGUUUAUUUGUUCUAUGAACUCGGUCAUUUAAACAUUUACCUCCCAUAGGAUCGUUCAUUUGUGAUUUUCAAGACAGUCACAGUCAAUUUUCUUUUGGUUCACGUCCUUUUAGUUUUUGAUUUGUUGUUGUUUUGUUUUUGUUAUUGUUAUAUAAUUUUUGGUUUUGUGUUGUUUGUAUUUUUUGUUUGUUUACAUUUUGUUCUUAUUUUUUUAUAGAACAAUAGGAGCACAAGACAAAAGUGUCAAUUGGAACCCCACCAUACUGGUAAUUGUGACAAAUCAACUUUUCCUUUUUUGAAUUUAUGUAUUCAAUUUUUAUUUUUUGUCAUUUCAUUAGUGUUAGUGCAAUUUACCGUUAGAGCGUCGAAAGUUACUUGAGAUUACACUGGUUUUUCUUUAUUUGCUCUGUGAUUGGUCUAGAAAACUCGCACUAUUCUCAACCCAUCAGAUGCAAAAAUAACAGCAUCACGACUUGGUCGCCCGCGUUUUCCCGCGCUUUAGGUGGUUUAUUUGAUUUACUUUGAUAUCUCAUUGGCUCUUCAGGUUAUUUUUCUUUUUUUCUGAUUGGCCGUCGUGAUUACUUUGGUUUUGUUUUACGACACUCAAUCGAAAAGUGUUCUAAGCGUCGAAAGUAAUGGGGGAUUGAAUUGCAUAGAUGCGCAGCUAAACAGAUGGCGACUUGGUUACACGCGUUACAUGUCUGCGUCUUUUUACUCCCACUGUCAUAGACCUCUGACGAUUUUUCCCUUGUUUUAAUUGUUUGUUUUGAUAACUGUGGUUUUCUCACUGGAUCGAAAUGCGCCCUUGUAGCACGUCAGUUUUGCUUGGUACCGUUACUUUUCCAUUUCAUGUUACACAAUUCGCAUAAUAGGUAAUUUGUCAAUGUGCGUAAUUGUUUGAAAUAUUUCCAUUUUUAGGGACACCAGAAAAGAAAUCUUUUGCGUGAACUGUUGCCUCAUAUUGGUAAGUUCAUAAUGGGGUUCUUUCAACCUCUUAGACCCUGUGAGCAACUAGCGUCUAAUUUCUCCUUAAAAUAUAACCCCUGAAUCACAAUUAGUGUUACGAGAAUAAAGGAAAUGAUCACAAACGAAAGAAGCUUUAGAUUGUUAAGCAAAUUCUCUUUGUCAGCACCUCGGGAAAUGUAUAGAGAACAGUAUGUAGAAUAUGCAUACUGAUGGUAGGGUGUAAAGGGCUAAAUGCUAGAUCGACGAAUAUGGUGAACUGUAUAAACGAAGCUUCACAUACCUUCCUUACAGUUAUCGUUAUUUAUUUCACUGGACUUAUUUAUGGCGCGUUUUCUUUCAGGAACAAACAUUCGUCUACAAAGGCUCUUUACAGAGUUCAGGGAGCAGCUAGACGCACUCAACGUGCGGUGACAUACGACGGGUUCUGUAAGAAUGAACUGCUUUAGAGGUGAACGUAAUAGUGUUUGAACUGUGCAAAGAGGCGUGACGAGAUGAGUGUCACGCACGGGUUAGUUCAAGUCACGGAUGCUGUGACGUCCAGCGUCAAGUGUGGAGGAUCAACAAUGGGUAAUAUUCGAAAGACUUUCGCUUUAAAAUGGCGAAAAUAAAUAUCGCUUAGAUUUCUCAGCAAAUAACACAUUACUCAUUGAGUAUUGGAUGUCAGUCAAGCGAGGGGGCAUUUGAGUGCACGGGACGUCUUGUUCCUUUAACAGAGUAGGAAUCAGGAAACACAGCUCUUAGGCGCUGAGGGAAACAUAUUAUAGCGACGAUAGUUUGAAUAUCUGCAUCAUGUCUCGGAAUAAUUAAAAAGUGAGUCUUAUUUUGGAAUGAUAACCGCAUAUCAUGUAAGUGCUGUUGCCGUCCGUUACUGUAUUCAUACCUCCCGUUUAGCUUUAAGGCUUACUAGAAAAUUUCGUUGGAAUUACAUUAUGUUUUACAGUGUUCUGUUACAUUCUGGUUAUACCUCUAAUACUCUAUUCACACCAAAGCGUAGACAUGUUUAAAGCUGUUUUGCUAUAGACGGUUGAAAAUUGUUUUCUGCAUCAAAGCAAUGUUUGUCUACUUCAAAUUUAUCACUUUGAAGGUACAAGCUGGUGACUACUUGAAUCUUAUGGAAAAUUUGGGUUUUAAGUUUUCUGUUUCUGAUUUUCAUUCGGUUAAAUUCGGUUCAACUAAACAUGUUGUACAGGUGUAAAUGGGUAGAAGUCGAUACAGAAGUUCUUUUUCAUAAAAGUUUUCCACCUGAAAAGUUCUUUAUUCAGUAUUUCAGUGCACUCGAUGUGUUAGCUGUGCGCUUCGCUCUGCACACUUACAUGGUCGCCAUAAUUAUUUUGCCGAGCGCUGUAAUAUAUCGCUGUUGAGGAGCGCUACUGUCAAAGAAGUCACACAAUUAUUCCUAGACCGACGCUAUGAACUGAACUGUAGUAUACUGAUAUUAAGCGUCGCAUUCAAAUGCUGGUAAAUAAAUAUUUUGUUAGCAAAGGUGCGCUGUACAUUUUGUGUAAUUCUCAUCGAACUAGUCAGUUUCUCCGUUGUUUAUUCACAGCAGUCUUUGUGCAACUUCUUCUUGUCCUUGUAAUCUUUACCUUAACCCUUUAACUCGGAACAGAUCAGCAUGUAACUUCUCCCUAUAACAUCCGUACAUUAUCUAGCA